AUGUCUCUCCCAAAUCGAGGGGCAACUCAGACAACGCCUCAACUGAGUUGCGAAUUAUGCCGUGAUCGUAAGGUAAAAUGUGAUAAGCUGCAGCCUUGCACAAAUUGUCUUACAACUGGCGUGGCAUGUGUGCCGGUACACCGGCUCCGCCGCGCAAGAGGCCGCCAUGCCCACCCUUCCAAUAGCAUCUUACCAUCACCUGCUCCGUCGCUAGCAUCGUCCCAAGCUCGAGCAGUUCUCGACGACCCAGAUCUGGAUGGGCGGAUCCGCAGAUUGGAAAACCUCGUGAAGUGUAUGAGCUCCGCUCGCACUGGCCUUUCAUCACCAAAUUCUGCAGGCAUGAAUGGCGCUAGGAGGCAGGAGGGACCAGAUGACUUUUGGGAGGAUUUGGUGCAAGAAGUAGAGCAGCUUCGCGAUAUCGUGAAACUAAAGCCUGGCGAAGCUGAUGGCGAAAUUGCACAAUCUCCUGAUCCAGCUCGGGCAAGUUCUGCCGUUCCGGAUGGUGGACUUAUGGUUCUUGGUCUGCCGAGUUAUAAUCCGUCUUUGGAUUCCUGGCGGUCAAGUCCAAGCAUGUUACCUUUGCACAAGGAUAAAGUCUCAGCACGUCAGUUGUGUGAGAUCUAUCUUGAUCAAGUUGAUCCUAUAAUCAAAAUAUUGCAUCGGCCGCUGCUUUCUAGUUGGAUGAUAGAUGGGAACUCUUAUCUACACUACUCAGACGAACACCCUUCCACUAAUGCCUUGGGUGCUGCAGUAUGUUUCGCCGCUGCCAACAGCAUGACAGCAGGGCAGUCUCGCGCUAUAUUCGAUAUGGAAAAGGCUAUCAUUCUGGACGACUGUCGAAAGGCGUGCGAGUCUGCCAUUCAAAAAUCCGAUCUUCUUACCACAAAAGACAUCACCGUCCUCCAAGCUUUCGUCUUGUACCUUACCGCCAAGCAAACCGGGGAGCGCAAUCGGACUGUGUGGACAUUGAUCGCAACAGCCGUCAGAGUUGCCAAGGCUUUACGCCUCCACUUGGAUUUACCCAUUGGCAACUCAUCUUGCAGGACCUUUUUCGAUCAACAGAUGCAGAAACGCUUGUGGUUGACAAUAUGUGUGCUCGAUCUUCAGACAUCCUUGGCUCAAGCAUCAAAGCCACUUAUCGGCCUCGAGGAGGUUGCAGAGUGCUUGCCUUCAAUCAAGCACAUAAACGAUUCUGACUUUGGACUCAGUACAGUAAAAUCUGUGUCCGACAGGGAAACUCUCACAGACAUUACAUUUGCGCUUCUCAAGUUCCACCUCUCCGUGUUUGGACGACACAUCGGGCAGGGAAGAACUUCAACUUCAACCAAUGUCGGCCUUCAACUAGAGUGGGAAACAACGCAACAACGCUCUCAACACUUCGAAACCGAGAUUCUUCAACUUGUUCGGUUUUGUGAUCCGGAAUCUUCGACGUAUGCAUGGUUCACUUGGCACAGCACUCAAUUGUUUGUGACUGGUGGGCGACUUGCGGCACUACGUCCUUUACAUCGAGCAAAAGUCUUGAAUCAUCAGACCCCGCCUCGCAUGAAAGACGAGACAGAACUUCUCCAGCUAACACUCCAAGCACUGGAAAAGAUGAAGAUGAUGCAUACCGACCCACGUGCAGAAGGAUUCCGCUGGAUGGUCACGAUUCAGUGGCAUAUCCUAGCUAUCGCAAUUGCUGAAUGCUACGUGUGCCCUGACCAGACACUAGUGCGCCGGGCUUGGGCACUAAUUGAGUUCUUGUACCAGAGACACGAGUCGCUUCUCACGCGAAAUAGUGGCGGCCGUCUACAGGGUCCUCUGGGGAAACUCAUGCGCCGAACGCGUGAAAAGCUGGCAAGUACCCUGGAUGACGACCCUGCAGUGACCAGGACCAGGAACCACCAAUGCAUAUCAGCUCAACCUCUAGGCAAUGCAUCACAAAGAAGCAUCGUUGAUAGAUCCGGCUCCCAGCCGUGCCUGGACGCCGAGCUGAAUAUGCAGUCAAAUGGAACAUUUCGAAGAGCGCAUCAGCUGAUGUCUGUCCCAGAAACGUCAAACGGCGCAGAGCGAAGUUCAGGCAUGGUCGAUAUGGACUUUGGACAGGAUGAAAUCGAAUUGGACCAAUCAUGGCAACUCUGGGAAGAAUUCAUGCAAGACGUGUCGUUUGACGACCUCAACAGCCCUGAUGAGCAUCAUUAA